UACUACAGAUAUUCCCACAAAAUUGAAUAGUAGAAGAAAAAUGAGUUUGGAACAAGAGCAAGGGCAAAAACAAGAACCAAAUUUAAAUGUGUUGAUCGAAACGUCAAAACCUCGAAUAUUUUUAACCAUUUCAUUUUUCAUUACAACUUUUGGAUUUCUAUAUGUUUUACUUAUUUUCAAAGUGAUUGCACUUAUGAGCCAUGGAACAUCAUCACCUUUAUUUCCAUUCGACAUGUUUUCCAAAUGCUACAUCGCUGACGAUAAAUGUCCAAACGAGAAUGUCACAUUUUGGUUGUACACUAGAUCGACACAAGAUAGCCCACAGCAAUUGAACAUGGCAAACGAAGAUACAAUAACGUCGGCAAAAUAUACAGAGGGUCGACCCUGGCUUGUGUUACUACACGGUUACACUGGUGACAAAGAUUAUUCGCCAAACAGUCACCUUCGGCCGGCACUUUUCCAAAAUGGAGAGUAUAAUGUAAUUAGUCUCGACUAUCAUCCACUCGCACCGGAACCUUGCUACGUUCAAGCCGUUCAUAAUUUGCCAACCGUUGCAAAGUGCACCGCACAAUUGCUCGAUUUUAUGAUGGGAAAAGGAAUGUUUACACUUGACGAUUUGCAUAUUAUUGGGUUCAGUUUAGGCGCUCAGACUGCCGGGAUGAUAAGCAACUUCGUGAAAACCGGAAAAAUACGACGAAUUACCGCACUUGAUCCCGCCAAGCCAAUGUUCAUUUUCGCCGAUGCUGAACACAGAGUGGGUCCUGACGAUGCAGAUUUCGUCCAAGUGGUUCACACUGACGCAUUCGCUCGUGGAGUUUUAUCAGCCAGUGGACAUGUAGACUUUUACAUGAAUGGUGGUAUUGAACAACCUGGCUGCAGCACUGCUGCACAACAGAAUCAAAGCACAGGCAGUUGCAACCACGACAGAGCACCGAUUUAUUUCGCUGAGUCCAUUAAUUCGGAGGCUGGUUUUUGGGGAUUCAAAUGCAGUCAAUGGACAGACUGGGCAAUGGGGUUGUGCAGAAAUAGUAGAGAACAGGCAAUCAUGGGAUGGAAAGCGACAAACGAGUCACAAGGCAUUUUCAUGGUCUAUACGAAUAGGGAGCCACCGUACGCUAGAGGAAAACAGUAGCCCGCAUGUACAUUGUACAAGUUCAUAAAAUUCCCAUAUAGUAAAAUAGAAUAUAAGAAAUAAAAGUACAAACCCAUGAACCACAUGAUUUAUAAAAAUUGUAGUGUAAAAUGAAGAAAAAGAGAAGAAGAAAAAAAAAACAAUUACUGUAAGCAUGCAAAGAGAAUAACGCA